CUCAGGACAACCUCGACAACUAACAGCAGUCACCAUGCCUACCAGACUCAGCAACACGAGGAAGCACCGCGGCCAUGUCUCCGCCGGUCACGGUCGUAUCGGAAAGCACAGGAAGCACCCGGGUGGUCGUGGUAUGGCCGGUGGUCAGCACCACCACCGCACCAACGUCGACAAGUACCACCCCGGUUACUUCGGUAAGGUUGGUAUGAGGUACUUCCACAAGACCCAGCAGCAGUUCUGGAAGCCCGUCGUCAACCUCGACAAGCUCUGGUCCCUCGUCCCCUCCGAGCAGCGCGAGCAGUACCUUGCCGCCAAGUCCGCGGACAAGGCUCCCGUCCUCGACCUCACCACCCUCGGCUACUCCAAGGUUCUUGGCAAGGGCCGCAUCCCCGAGGUGCCCAUCAUCGUCCGCGCCCGCUACGUCUCCAAGGAGGCCGAGCGCAAGAUCAAGGAGGCCGGUGGUGUUGUCCAGCUCACCGCUUAGACGAUGACAACAAAAUCCACAAAGACCGCUCCGGUGUUGGGAAUCUGAAAAAUGGAACUUCAAAAUCGAUACCACUAUGGGCAUGGCACGGGUAUAGGGUCCGCUUAGCCGCGUUUGACUCUUGCAGCGUGGUGGCUGAGGAAUGGCUUCGUUACGAUCAUAGAAUGAGAAUACGACCAUUCCUGAACAAACCAGUUUGAGGACGCCCUGUCAGUAAGUGGGUUCCCGCGGUCCGAGGGACGCUCUCGAGGAUGUUCUUUUCCUUGAUGCUGCUUCGGCGGCUUCGGAGCUCUGACGAUCGCAGGCGCCCGCUGGUUGGUAGAGG